AUGUGCCUGAUCGUGGAAGACCCCUUCAAUGUGGAACGAUUCUUAGCUAUUGUCGAUAUUUUCACUGCGUGCCUAACACAGACGAUCGGGAGAGCACUUCAGACAGCAGCUUUGUGCCCCGCCAGCUGCUUGUUCCAUGCCUACCAUGGUGUUUUUGUAAAGACAGCACUUUAGACAGCAUUAUGCUGUAGUCGGCAAUCUUCCGUUUUGGUAUAGAGUGGGACAGGGAGGGGGUGAUGCUACUAACUAACUGUAGUCGAACGGUGGGACGGACGUGCAGUUCAGUUUUUGGGCACGCAUACGGUGCUGCAGGGAUUUUUAGGUGUACCUCUUCGGGCUCUUGGAUACCUUUUUCUCGUUAUAUGUAUGUGUGCGUGUUUUUUAGAUCCU